GCCACUCGCCUCCCGGCCGGCGGCGGUGCGGGGACGGCCCGGGGGGCGCUGAGGGGCGGCGAGGCGGUGGCUCCAUGUGAGAGGAGGCGGCGGCGCACCUGAUCCGUCGCCGGGACAGCCGCAGCCGGGGGGAUUCCUCGAGGGCCACCAGUCCGCAACCCUCCCGGGGCGGGGUGGGGGGCUGGACCCGCCUGCCCCUUUGAAGUCACCCGGCCCCCGGCGGCAGCCCCGGGGCGGGGGGGGCAGCCGACCCCCUCUCGCCGGGGGAAGGGGGCUCCGCCUCGCCGCCCGCAUCGCCCCGCCGGCGGGAAGGCGCGCGCGCCGCGAGCGGAGGGAGAGCCCAGCGGAGCCCGUCCCGAAAAAAUGUGAAAGCAUUUGCAUCUUCAGAUAGCCUAGCCAAGGUCCAAGAAGUAGCAAGCUGGCUUUUGGAAAUGAAUCAGGAACUGCUCUCUGUGGGCAGCAAGAGGCGACGAACUGGCGGAUCUCUUCGAGGUAAUGCUUCCUCAAGCCAAGUAGAUGAGGAGCAGAUGAAUCGGGUGGUAGAAGAGGAGGAGCAGCAGCAAAGACGACAACAAGAGGAGCAGCACAUUGGGAGGAAUGGGGAGAUAGGAGCAGAAGAACCUGGAUUUGAUGACAGGCAUGAGUCUCAGCAGGAGCAGUUAGAAGAAAAUAAUAAUAGACUUAUUACAGUGGAUGAGGAUUCCACUUGUAACCAAGAGGAAGAUGAUGAUGAACAUGCUGGUGAUCAAGAGGAGGAGGUGGAAGAGGAGGAGGAAAUGGACCAGGACAGUGAUGAUUUUGAUCAGUCUGAUGACAGCAGUAGAGAAGAUGAACAUGCUAACAGUAAUAGUGUCACAAAUUCCAAUAGCCUCAUGGACUUGCCCAUUCACCAGUCAUCGCCAUUCUACGUGAAGACAAAGAUGAAGAGAAAGUUGGACCAUGGCUCCGAGGUCCGUUCUUUCUCUCUGGGAAAGAAACCCUGCAAAGUCUCAGAAUACACAAGUACCACGGGGCUGGUGCCAUGUUCCGCCACGCCGACGACGUUUGGGGACCUGCGGGCAGCCAACGGCCAGGGGCAGCAGCGGCGCCGCAUCACAUCCGUGCAGCCUCCCUCCGGCCUCCAGGAAUGGCUGAAGAUGUUCCAGAGCUGGAGCGGACCAGAGAAGUUACUUGCUUUAGAUGAACUCAUUGAUAGUUGUGAACCAACACAAGUAAAACACAUGAUGCAAGUGAUAGAGCCCCAGUUUCAAAGAGACUUCAUUUCCUUGCUCCCAAAAGAGCUGGCACUGUAUGUGCUGUCAUUCCUGGAACCCAGGGACCUUCUGCAGGCAGCCCAGACAUGUCGUUACUGGAGAAUUCUGGCUGAAGAUAAUCUUCUCUGGAGAGAGAAAUGCAAAGAGGAAGGGAUUGAUGAACCAUUGCAUAUCAAGAGGAGGAAAGUAAUAAAACCAGGCUUUAUACACAGUCCGUGGAAAAGCGCCUACAUCAGACAGCACAGGAUUGAUACCAACUGGCGGCGAGGAGAGCUGAAAUCGCCCAAGGUGCUCAAGGGCCACGAUGACCACGUGAUCACGUGCCUGCAGUUCUGCGGGAACCGCAUCGUGAGCGGCUCCGACGACAACACGCUCAAAGUGUGGUCAGCAGUGACAGGCAAGUGUUUGAGAACACUGGUUGGGCACACAGGAGGAGUGUGGUCAUCACAGAUGAGGGACAAUAUCAUCAUCAGUGGCUCCACCGACAGAACGUUGAAAGUCUGGAACGCUGAGACUGGGGAGUGCAUCCACACCCUGUACGGACACACCUCCACCGUGCGCUGCAUGCAUCUCCACGAGAAAAGGGUGGUCAGUGGCUCUCGAGACGCGACGCUGCGAGUGUGGGACAUAGAGACGGGCCAGUGCUUGCAUGUCCUGAUGGGCCACGUCGCCGCAGUUCGGUGCGUUCAGUAUGAUGGCAGAAGGGUUGUAAGUGGUGCAUAUGAUUUUAUGGUCAAGGUGUGGGAUCCAGAGACAGAGACCUGUCUGCACACACUGCAAGGGCAUACUAACAGAGUCUACUCGUUACAGUUUGAUGGUAUCCAUGUGGUGAGUGGAUCUCUUGACACUUCCAUCCGAGUUUGGGAUGUGGAGACAGGCAACUGCAUUCACACUCUGACAGGCCACCAGUCACUCACAAGUGGAAUGGAACUCAAGGACAAUAUACUUGUGUCUGGGAAUGCUGAUUCUACAGUCAAAAUCUGGGACAUUAAAACAGGACAAUGUUUACAGACAUUGCAAGGUCCCAACAAGCAUCAGAGUGCUGUGACCUGUUUACAGUUCAACAAGAACUUUGUAAUUACCAGUUCAGAUGAUGGGACUGUAAAACUUUGGGACUUGAAAACGGGUGAAUUUAUCCGAAAUCUAGUCACAUUGGAGAGUGGGGGAAGCGGAGGCGUCGUGUGGCGAAUCAGAGCUUCCAACACAAAGCUGGUGUGUGCAGUCGGGAGCCGCAACGGGACUGAGGAAACAAAGCUGCUGGUGUUGGACUUUGACGUCGAUAUGAAGUGAAGGGCAGAAAGAUGAAUUUGUCCAAAUGUGUAGACGAUGUUCUCCUUUCCCUCCCCCCCCGAAAAAAAAAGAAAAAAAAGAAAAAGGAAAAAAAUCCCUUGUCCUUGGUGGUGCAGGAUGUUGCCUUGGGGCAACAGAUCCUAAAGACCUACAGACUACGAAGGAGAAGACAAAGAUGAUAAACUAUAACUGACAAGAGAGGCUUUUGCUGUCUCGUCACAUAAAAAGCUACACUUUUGACCGGGGCAGCUUUGCAAAAAUCCAACUUUAGAAAUGAAACCAGGUGCAAUUAAUUUCUUUACUUUCCUCCAAAUGCUCCUUGAGCAAUUUGGAGUGGGGAAAAAAAAAAAAAAGUUACAGUUCUUGUUAACAGGUUAUUUUACCACAAAGAUCUUGAAACGAGCUGCACAGGCGAGCCUGCUCGUGCACCCCUGGGUCACCCUGGGUCCCAGCAGCCCCUCCGAGCAACGCGCUGUCCCUAGCCCCGCUCCGAGCAGGGGGUUGGACUGGACUCCUUCCAAGGUCCCUUCCAACCUCCACAAGCAGUCACUGGUUGACUUUCAAAAACUAGAGAGCAUCUGCAAUGAGAAAAACAAACAAAAACAAAAACAAAGAGUCCAUUCCUGGUGUGGAAAAGCUAAAAUACUACUGUGAAUUGUUUUGUACAGUUUUAUCAGAGCUUUUUCUUUUUUUUCUUUAUUCCUCUUUUUUUUUUUUGCCAACCAUUGCCAAUGUCAAUCACAGUAUUAGCCUCUGUUUAAUCUAUUUACUGUUGCUUCCAUCUACACUCUUCAAUGCAUAAGUUGCUCUGAGGUGGCAAGUUGUCCUGGAUUUUGAGAGUCCUCUGAUGGAUUUAAUUCGCAAUGCUGGUGCUAGAAGUAGGUCUUCAAUUACGGGAUUGUUGUCCCACCCCUGUACUGUAUUCCCAGUGGCCAAACUUAUUUAUGCUGCUAAAUGAAAGAAAGAAAAGCAAAUUAUUUUUUUUUAAUUUUUUUUCUGCUGUGACGUUUUAGUCCCAGACUGAAUUCCAAAUUUGCUCUAGUUUGGUUACAGAAAAAGACUUUUUGCCACUGAAACUUGAGCCAACUGUGCCUCUAAGAGGCUGAGAGUGGAAGAGUUUCAGACAAUUAAGAGUGAAGUUUGCCUGCAAAUAAAGAAUUGAGUGUGUGUGCAAAGCUUAUUUUCUUUUUUCUGGGCAAAAAUUAAAACACAUUCCUUGGAACAAAGCUAUUGCAGCCUGUUCUGUGGGGAAAUUUUUCUUUGUGAGGGCUGUGGUGAAUGGAAUGAACAUACAUUAAAAAAAAAACUGACAAAAUUUUUAAAAAAGAUUAUAAAAUACAAAAAUUAAAAUAAAGUUGCUGGUCAGUCUUAGUGUUUUACAGUAUUUGAGAAAAAAACAACUGUUACAGUUAUUGCUGGGAGGAACUGACAGAGCAAAAACUUAAGUUUUUGUAAAGAUGUCACAUGCAAACAAAAUGAGAAAAGAAAGAGUCAAAUGGUUUGCCUCAUUCUCCAAGAGCCACAACUCAAGCUGAACUGUGAAAGUGGUUUAACACUGUAUCCUAGGCGAUCUUUUUUCCUCCUUUUUUUUUUUUUUGUUUUUGUUUUAUUUAUAGUCUGAUUUAAAACAAUCAGAUUCCAGUUGGUUAAUUUUAGUUAUGUAACAACCUGACAUGAUGGAGGAAAACAACCUUUAAAGGGAUUGUGUCUAUGGUUUGAUUCACUUAGAAAUUUUAUUUUCUUAUAACUUAAGUGCAAUAAAAUGUGUUUUUUCAUGUUA